AUGAAGUCGCGGAAGUUGGGUUUAGCGAUUUUCGCGGCUCUGUCGUUGCAGGCCACCCUCACUGGCGCACAAGAGCAACCCCGUCCUGCAAUCACCACCACCAACACCACCGUCACCACCACCGUCGACACCACCAACACCAUCACCGACGUCAGUUACCUUGUCGACGAUGUGCCCUCGCAGAUCCGAUCCGGAUCACGUGAGAUGGAUUUCGGAGGUCCAGAUCCGUCGCUACAGGAGUCGGCGACCGGUCUAUCGGAAGGUCGGGGGAACAAGAAGAAGAAAAAGAAGAAAAAAAAAAUCAAAAACCCUUCUAUGAACAUGCUGAUUGGCGGCAGCAUGAUGGCAGCUUUCGUCGUGAUAUUCACGUUCGUGAACAUGAUAACAGUCACGCUCGGAAAAGCGCUGUUUUUCACGUUCAUCGCGAAGUUUUUGAUAUCUGUAAAUUGGAAAUCCUCGGAAUCCUCGUCCAAGAAGAAGUCCACUCGUAACGACAUAACGGUCGUAAUGACGUAA